AUGAUUACAGGAAGUAGUUCAUCGUCAGGUUGCUCAUCAGCAACUGCAACAAACGAUCACUGUAGUGAGUCAUUAGCAGUGACAUCGUCAUCAUCAGCUGCGUCAUCAGUGUCGUCAUCCUUCUGCUCGGGAGUUACUCAAGAAGGGUCACUGAAGUGUGAUCAAGCUAACAGUCGAGCUACUGCUACUUCUCUCUUCAAUUCAUUAGCUAAUCAUCAAACUAUCAAAUAUACCAAAAAUACUUCAAUUAUUGCAGGAGUGCUAGAAGAGAUGGCAUUAGUGUCACAUCAUGCAGGGACAGGUAGUAUUGUUGCUGGGCCAGCAUCAAUAUAUGCUGGGCCAGGUGCUAAGGAAUCUAGGCAUAAUGCUACCACACUUAAUGGUAAAAGUGUUACGGCAAAAUUAUUGCAAAAUUCUUAUCACAAUGGACAUUUAUCACAGCCGUCAGUAGCACAUUCAAGUCAAGCAAUCCUAACAGCUGUUCAACCAUUUUACCGUCCACCAACUAUGGAACAACAUGAUACACAACCGGAUCGCCCAAUCGGUUAUGGCGCUUUUGGUGUUGUUUGGUCAGUAACAGAUCCACGUAGUGGUAAACGUGUAGCACUGAAAAAAAUGCCAAAUGUCUUCCAGAAUCUUGCGUCAUGUAAACGUGUCUUUAGAGAAAUCCGUAUGCUAUCCAGUUUUAGACAUGAUAAUGUAUUAUGUAUGAUCGAUGUUAUACAACCGCAGAAUCCUCAUUUUUUUCAAGAACUCUAUGUUUUAACAGAAUUGAUGCAAAGUGAUCUGCACAAAAUUAUUGUCUCACCACAACCACUUACCACUGAUCAUGUAAAAAUAUUCGUUUAUCAAAUUUUAAGAGGAUUGAAAUAUCUACAUUCAGCUAAUAUUUUACACCGUGAUAUUAAACCAGGCAAUUUGCUAGUGAAUAGUAAUUGCAUUUUGAAGAUUUGUGAUUUUGGUUUAGCAAGGAUGUGGGAUCCACAUGAACAAUCAGCUAUGACUCAUGAAGUUGUAACGCAGUAUUAUCGUUCACCAGAAUUAUUAAUGGGUGCGCGGACAUAUACGGGCGCUGUUGACGUAUGGUCAGUGGGUUGUAUAUUCGCUGAAUUAUUAGGAAGACGAAUACUUUUCCAAGCACAUGGACCUGUUGAACAGUUAAAUAUGAUUGUUGAUUUAUUGGGUACACCAACAGAAGAAGAAAUGAAAACAGCAUGUGAUGGUGCUCGAAAGCAUAUCUUAUCGUCACCAUUUCGACAACCAAAUCCACAAAAAAUUAUUCAACUAACACAGGGAAAUGAUGAUGCAGCUGAUUUACUUACGAGAUUGGUGACAUUUGAUCCAGAAAAACGUGUCACAGUAGAUGCAGCAUUAAGUCAUCGAUAUUUAGAUGAAGGUCGUAUGCGUUUUCAUUCAUGUAUGUGUUCAUGUUGCUAUACUACACCAUCAAAUGUACGAAUCUUCUCACAAAUUUUAGAUCCGGUGCAUGAACAUCCAUUUGAUCCAAGAUGGGAAAAAGAGCUGUCACAUAUGUCAAUGUUUGAUCUAAGAGAUCGAAUGUAUCGAUUUGUCACCGAACGAUCACCACCAUUUGGUGUAGCACUUACAAUUAAUCCAAAUUCUGCCUCAUAUAAAACUUUUACUAGCUCAUCGGUGGCACAACCAUCCGAAUUUCCACCUUCACCAAAUGCAUGGGAUCAAUAA